AUGGCGGGGCCAGAGCCGCUGGACGUCAAGGACAAGGUCGCCGCGCUGGAGGGCCUCCUCCUUGGCGCCACGGAGCGGCUGAACACGGUCGCGGUCGCGAUCGUCACCGCGCAGUACGACGGCACAGAGGUGGAUCAGGCGAUGCACGACGGGCUCGCUGAUGCCGCCGACCACCUCGUUCUUCUCGAAGGUCAGCUGGCCGCCGCCACUGAGGAGGCCAAGGCGGGCUUCGAGGGCGGCGACCACUGCAUUGGGCAGGUGCCGAUGGCCGAGUACGACCCUGGCGUCGAGCACGACAUCGUCGGCGAGCUUUCCUCGAGGAGGGCUCCGAGGCCGACGAGGAGGCCGAGCACGGCAUCGCCGACGGCGACGGCGGCGGAGUGGUUGGCUGUGCCGGUGCCGCCGACCGCCGCCCUCCUGGGCCAUGGGCGGACAGGUUCGUGUUCAGCCCCGAGGGCCUCAUGGCCGCGGCGGCCACGCGCUGUGCGGCGGACGGCUUCGGCGGGGAACUCGAUGACGCCGACGGCGGGAGCGGCGGGCCGCAGUACGACGGCCCCCAGGCCGCUGAGGCCGCUCGCGCCCGCGACUGCGCCCAGCUCUUCGCCUCCCUCGCGGCGGAGAUCGACCCCGCCUUCGGCCUGGAGGCGAACGCCUGGGGCGCAGGUCGGCGUGGGCAGAACCUGGCACCUCCAGGUUCGGCCUACGCUAAGGAAGGAUCCUGGGCGGGCCCCGAAUUCAGUUGCACGACCUUUUCAGGUCUAG